AUGUUAGGAUUAUUAUUCACCCUUGCAUGCUCUCGUAGAACGCACCACCAUCAAUUAGCGUCAAACGGUCUUGGUGACCAGAUUCUCGCUGUUGCCCAGUCAAAGAAAGGCUGCCCAUAUGUUUAUGGCGGCAACGGUCCAAAUUCCUUCGACUGCUCUGGUUUAGUUAAGUACUGCCACAACAAAUGCGGCAUUAACAACAUUGCUCGUACUGCUUCUCAAAUAGCUAAAGGCGGCAAAUCAGGUAAUGGCUCUCCUGGUGAUGUUGCUUACUAUGGCAACCCAGCUUAUCAUGUUGGUAUCUGCGUCAACAGUGCCGGUAUGAUUCAUGCUCCAAAGCCAGGUGAUGUUGUUAAAUAUCAAGCAUUCAAAUAUUAUCGUCCAAAAGGCUUCCGCAGGUACUGGUAA